AUGUCAAGGCCUGUUGAGAGAAUAACAGAGAUCAAUGAUGGAAAAGAGCUUUGGAAGAUUGUUGUUAGAAUCCACCACAUAUGGAAUGUUGUCUCCAACAACAAGGAACAUUUUGAAAUGAUCUUUGUUGACAAAUUAGGAGAUGAUAUUCAUGUUGUUGUUCCAGCACCACAUGUGUCGGUGUUCACCGAAAAAUGCUUAUUAGGGCAUACUUAUAUUCCGUGUGAAAUUAAUAAAUUUAUUUCAGAUGUCGUUGGAAUGGUGGAUAGUAUUGGUUAUGCACAGACUGAGUCGGGUGCAAAGAAGCAGCAAAUUAGCAUGAUGUUGCGUGACCACAGCAACAAAAUGUUGAACUGUACUCUGUGGGAAUCAUACGCGGAUCAGUUCAUCAAGUUUAACAAAGUUAGGGUUGCUGCAUCACUCCCUAGAGUUGUGUUGCUUCAGUAUGCCAAAGUGAAGGAAGAAGGAAAGUAUCCUCUGUCUGUGACAAACACCUACAAUGUGACCCUUUUAUGUGUUGAUGCUGAUUUUCCUGUCAUGAAAGACUUUAUUGAUAGAAUGCCUGAGGAGAGCAAGGCUGUUGUUUUGCCUAUUGCUGAGAUUAUUCAACUUACGGAUGUUACAUUUUGUGCUACUGUCGCUACAACAAGAUUAUUAGUAGCGUCUCCGUUUGGAUGGUAUAAGAUUGAGAUUGAGGUUACUCAUGGGGGCAAAAGCUGCAAUUUUGUCUUCUGGAACAGAGAAUGUGAAAUGUUGUUGGGUUUAUCUGCAUCCCAACUUCGUAACACUAUGAUUCAGGUUAUAUCUAUAUUGUGCAGACGAAUUAGAAUGUACUUUUCGAUACUCUGUGUACACUAA